CGCCUGUCGAAAUUUGUGGGCAUCUGCUGCCCUCAUUUGCCGUCAGGUACAGACCUGGUUGCUUGGUUGCUACAAAAGCAUCUCGAUAUCUCUGUCACUCUCACCGCAAGGACUUUUCACAUCUCUCUACCACUUGUUACCUGCUUUACUCCAAGCCGUACGUACUCUUUCGCCGGCACUCCUAAACACCAGACACCUCGCAUUUCCUGCGCAAUCGGUACACAUACGCUCCGCUCUCUCUGCUCACCCCCACAAAAACUAUCUCCCACCGUCGAUAUCCCUAGACCUUUGGUCUCCCCACCUCACCGCCUCGUGUGUUGCUUGGUGGUAAAACGCCUGCUUGGGGAUUUCUCUCUGUCUCACAGGAAUAUUUUCAAACAGGCAACCUGAUAACGUUGUCAUUUUGAACGAUAUCGCCACAGACAUCAUGGCUUCACGACCUCACAACAUUGGCAUCAAAGCCAUUGAAAUUUACUUCCCGAGUCAGUGCGUCGACCAAGCCGAUCUGGAGAAAUUCGAUGGCGUCUCUGCUGGCAAGUACACAAUUGGCCUCGGGCAGACAAGAAUGUCCUUCUGCGACGAUAGGGAAGACAUUUAUUCCAUUGCCCUUACUACUCUCACGAGCCUGAUCUCAAAGUACUCCAUCGACCUCAAAAACGUUGGAAGGCUGGAAGUGGGCACGGAGACCAUGCUGGACAAGAGCAAAAGUGUGAAAUCAGUGUUGAUGCAGCUGUUCCAAGAGUCGGGCAACUUCAAUGUCGAGGGCGUCGACUCUUACAAUGCUUGCUAUGGCGGCACAAACGCAGUCUUCAACUCUCUCAACUGGAUCGAGUCAUCUGCAUGGGAUGGAAGAGAUGCUAUCGUGGUCGCCGGCGACAUCGCCCUCUACAAGAAAGGAAAUGCUCGCCCUACUGGUGGCGCUGGCUGCGUGGCCAUGUUGAUUGGUCCCGAUGCGCCCAUUGCUUUCGAGGCUGGUCUCCGAGGCUCCUACAUCACCCAUGCCUACGAUUUUUACAAGCCCGAUCUCACCAGCGAAUAUCCUUAUGUUGACGGACAGUUUUCUCUGAGGUGUUACACUGAGGCUGUGGAUGCCUGCUACCGAGCAUACAAUGCCCGGGAGAGAGCACUCAAGUCGGAGGCGAAUGGUGUCAAUGGACAUGCGCACGUCAAUGGCAACGGCGUGCAUAAGGAACAGGAUGAGAGGGCUCCUAUGGAUCGAUUCGAUUACAUGGCCUUCCACGCCCCCACCUGCAAGCUUGUCUCCAAAUCGUACGCUCGAUUGUUGUACAAUGAUUUUCUCGAAGAUCCGAACCACCCUCAGUUCAAGGAAGUUGCGCCCGAGCUGCGAGAUUUGGACUACCAAGCAUCUCUGACCGACAAGACGGUUGAGAAGACGUUCAUGGCCUUGACGAAGAAGCGCUUCGCCGAACGAGUGCAGCCCGCCAUUCAAGUGGCCACCAUGUGUGGCAACAUGUACUGUGGCAGCGUGUACGGCGGGCUAGUUGGGUUGAUCAGCAACAUUGCCCCGAAGACACUCCAUGGAAAAAGAGUGGGGGUCUUCAGCUACGGCAGCGGUCUCGCGAGCUCGAUGUUUAGCCUAAAAGUCGUUGGUGACACUACGGAAAUGGCCACGAAGCUCAACCUUCAGGAGCGAUUAGACGCCCGACGGGUCGUUGCACCUGAGGUGUAUGACGAGAUGUGCAUGCUCCGAGAGAAGGCCCAUCUCAAGAAGGAUUUCAAGCCGCUGGGUGAUGUCACGCAUCUUGUGCCGGGAACAUACUACUUGACCGAGGUCGACGAGAUGUUCCGACGAAAGUAUGAGGUCAAGGCAUGAUUGCAGUCAGCAGCAGCGAAGGAACUUGUGUCAUUCUUGCACCAGACAUUGCGUUUCAGGUUCGGGCGCCGGACUUGCAUUGGUGGACUAAGUAGACUGGUCAUGCGAUAGAAGGAGACAGGCGUUCCAGUACAUGGUUGAUUGGAUCAGAUCUGCCGGUGGUGUUGGGCCGGGCAUACACUUGUACAUAUGGGGGGAUUCGCUUCAGACGUCCUGGCAGGCAGGAACUCAACUGAGCAGUAAUCGACCAGCAGAAAACCAAAAAGCGAAUGAUGAUGAAGCGUUGUUGCCGAUCUCAAGCGUCUUGAAACAGACGCUGUGCAUCGUCGGUCUUAUGCAAUGCGGCUACUCCGUACUCUGGCAUGCAUUGCAGCUCAGCCUGGAGUCGGCCAGUACCUUGACCUGUUUCGCACCAGCCGUUGGCAAGAUGAAACACAGGCUGGAUUCCGAGGCCGUUGGAUGCCAGUGAGGACAGACGGAGCAGCGUAGGACUCAUACUAACAGAUGCAGGACGAGGAGGGUUGCGUGCAAGCGAGGAGGUUGGGAAGAGAGCAAGACACCAAACUCCGUAGUCG